AUGGAUCUCAUGAACCUUACAACUGUCAUCGACACUGGGUUUUUGGACGAGGCUCCGUCCAGCCGCGUCCUGACCGGCUGUUUCCUGUCGCUGCUCAUCCUCACUACCUUGCUGGGAAACACGCUGGUCUGUGCCGCCGUCACCAAGUUUCGGCAUCUGCGCUCCAAAGUGACCAACUUUUUUGUGAUCUCGCUGGCCGUGUCGGACCUCUUGGUUGCCAUCUUGGUGAUGCCGUGGAAGGCGGUAACAGAGAUCGCCGGGUUCUGGCCGUUCGGCUCCUUCUGUGACACCUGGGUGGCUUUUGACAUUAUGUGCUCCACGGCGUCCAUUUUGAACCUUUGUGUGAUAAGCUUGGACCGCUACUGGGCUAUCUCCAGCCCCUUUCGCUAUGAGAGGAAGAUGACACCCAAAGUGGCCUAUGUGAUGAUCAGUGUGGCCUGGACGCUGUCUGUGCUAAUUUCCUUCAUCCCAGUGCAGCUCAACUGGCACAAGGCCCAAACUAAAUCUUACACGGCUCUCACUGGGUCCUCUGGCUCUUCAGGUUUUAAUGCUACAUCUUAUCGCAGACCAGAGAACUGUGACUCAAGCCUGAACAGGACCUACGCCAUAUCCACCUCUCUCAUCAGCUUUUACAUCCCUGUGGCCAUCAUGGUGGCCACCUACACCCAGAUAUACCGCAUUGCCCACCGACAAAUCAGGCGGAUCUCUGCCCUGGAGCGAGCGGCCGAAAGUGCCAAGAACAGACACGACAGCAUGGGCGGGGCCUCCAGCAUCGCCGAGUCCGAGAGCUCUUUCAAAAUGACGUUCAAGAGGGAGACCAAGGUGCUGAAGACGCUGUCCGUGAUCAUGGGGGUGUUUGUUUGCUGCUGGCUCCCAUUCUUCAUCCUCAACUGCAUGGUGCCCUUCUGCGAGCAGUCGAGCGGAGGGGAGGCCUUCCCCUGCAUCAGCCCCACCACGUUUGAUGUGUUCGUGUGGUUCGGAUGGGCUAAUUCCUCCCUCAAUCCCAUCAUCUAUGCCUUCAAUGCAGAUUUCCGCAAGGCCUUCUCCAUCCUGCUGGGCUGCCACAAACUGUAUCCAGGAGGCCACAACAUAGAGACGGUCAGUCUAAACAAGAAAUGA